AUGGCAUUCUUAUGUGUUGCAGGUCAGGGCAAAGUACCCCGCGCAGCUUUCAAUUUAGGAAACCUUUUCGGAGGUGGCGAGGAGCAGUCCAAGGGUGAGGUGCCUAAGGAUGUGGCAGCUUUGGUAGCCGGGCUGAAAAGCAGCACGGAGAACGCCUUGAACUCGAGGUGCAGCCGCCUCGAUGUGGAGCUGCCGCCAUCAUACCAGCUCGGAGUGGAGGACAAGACCAGAGCAUCUGCCCGCGUGACGGGCGAUGAGCAGAAGAAAGUGGUGCUCAAGGAGGUGGCGAGAGGAGACCGCGAGCUGGCUCGCGUCUUUGUCGAGAUGCUGAGCAUGGUGAAAGGUCUCGUAGUUGUUUUUCGGACACCUCAGUUGGAGAAGGCUGCCAAAAAAAGAUGGCGGCUGACUGCCGACGAGCUCAUGGUCGGCAUCGCAUGCUUGGGCUGCCGGCUUGGGCUUCUUGCCCUGUCGUCGGGAACGAUAUCUCUCCCGUGGGGCUCGGAACCACAACGGGAGAGGAUGUCUAGUCUGCUCAAAAGCUGCCUGGAGGAUGAUGCCUGGGAGGACAACCACCCAGCUGCCUGGUCAAGCCCUUCGGCUGGCCCGGUGGACGGGUCUCCGGAGAUUUUGCAGGACCUCGUUCCCGACCUGAACUUGCAGACCCUGCAACGUGCCGCGCGAUGCAUCGCCUGGAUGACUUUCACUUGCCGGCCACAGAACUCCUUCGCAGUCGAAGUGUACAUGGGUGGUGGCUUCUUGACGAAGAGGCUCGUCGAUGGGAUGGCUCGCGCCCUGCAAGCUUUUCGGGCUGAUGCGAUGAGGGAGGCCAGUGCUUUGCCUGUCUGCGGCUCCAGGAGCUCCGCGUCUGAGGAGCCUCCAGUGCUGUUGAGCUUCGACGGGAGAUCAGAAGCAAUUGAUGAUUUCUUGAGCGAGCAGCCAGCGCACGGCGUGGAGGUUCAUCGCCUCAGCGGGCAACCGCUGCCCCUCGCAAGACGCCUUCAGCGGCACCUGCAGGGCUCCCGUCGGCCAAAGAUGAUGGCGGUGCAUGGUUCUGCAUAUCCGAGUGAGCUGUGCCCAAGGGCAUGUGGACGUUCCAUGGAAGGAUCCUUUAAUGUGCUGGACUGUUUCCGAUGUCCUCGGCCGAAGAAGAACGAGAGCAUGCUGCGAGAGAUUUGUGAAGAACUGGCUGACAGGACGCUGGAGCUCGCAGUUAUCGACACGGGUGGCCCGGCGAUCGAAGAGUGGCACGUUCUCGACACGUGUCUGUGCAACGGGGAGGGGGAGUGGGAGAGAUCCUGCAUCAGCGAUUUGGCUGUCCAUGAAUUGCUAAAAACAAGGAAAUGCACUGUCGUCCGCGCAGUGUUUUCCUGA